UGUGAGACAGCGCAUCUAAUCUCUAAUAUCUUGUUUUGUGCUAAAUAGAUAUUUGUAAACAGUCUUUAACCUCAUCCCAACUAACAACAACUUGCUUCUUUAUUUAAUCAUUCCAUCUUCUUUCUUCGUAGUCUUCUCUUCUUUUCUCUCCUCUCUCGCACACAGAUUCACAUUAUUCAACUCUAUCAUCAUCAUCAUCAUCAUGUAUCGUCCUCCUUCGUCUUCUGGUUCUUCUUCUUCCUCUUCUCAGCAACAACAGAGCUCCAUAAGUCAAACAGGUCUCACAAGAUACGGUUCUGCACCCGGCUCUCUCCUCACCAGCACCGUCGAUGCUGUUCUAGCAGGAUCGCGCCUUCUCCCGGGGACUGGACAUUAUUUCUCCGGCGACUCCGCUCACCAGCAACACCACCAACACCAGCAGCAACAACAGCAACAGCAACAGCAGAAAUCUUCUUACGAAGGCUUUGAUGGAUCGUCUUUGGUCCGUCAGAAAAGCUCUCCCGCCGGUUUCCUCAACCAUCUGGCCACUCUCAAUCAUAAUAAUAGCGCGGGGUUCACAAUCACGCGAGGCGGAAAUGGAGGAUCGAGAUUGAAGUCUGAAUUGAGCUUCACGGGAGGAGGACAAGGGCAAGAAUGUCUUUCUAGAAUAUCCGAAAAUAGUGUUGAUUAUGCUGCAGCAGUAGCGGGAGGAAAUGGAUCAUUGCAUAACAGUAACUGGGGUGGAGGAUCUGAUAAUAAUAAUAAUAAUAAUAACAAUAAUAACAAUAACAAUUCAAAUUCUAUAGUAUUUUCUUCUUCUGUUUCUCAAAAUCAAUCUAAUAAUAAGCGUUCGAGUAGAAACGACGACGAUCCCGACCUUCUUCUUCAUUGCCUCAACGCCCUCGAAACUCAGUAUAGUCUCCCACAAACUUCUAUGGAAAUGGACAAGCUUAUGCAUAUUCCUCAAGAUUCCGUCCCUUGUAAAAUCCGCGCUAAGCGUGGCUGUGCCACUCAUCCUCGAAGCAUUGCUGAACGGGAGAGAAGAACUAGAAUAAGUGGAAAGUUGAAGAAAUUGCAGGAUCUUGUGCCCAAUAUGGAUAAGCAAACAAGUUAUUCAGACAUGCUAGAUUUGGCAGUUCAACAUAUCAAAGGUCUUCAAACUCAAGUCCAGAAGCUUCAUGAAGAUCUUGAGAAUUGCACUUGCGGAUGUAAACAAAAUACAUAAACUUACUAUGUUUUAUGAGAAUCUAUGGCACUGCAUAGAAGUCAAGGUUUUGAUGGAAACUGAUUUUUGUACCUUCCAACUUUAAACGAAUAAUGAAGGAAAUUGUACAUACAGUGUAUGUUAUAAUCUACCUGUGGUAGACAUAGUCUAGAAAUAUCUAUUCCUUUUCUUAAUUUGAUAGUUGUAUUUGAAAGUAGAAGUUGAUUUUCUUUUAAACUGGCUUUAUUGGUUUGAGCAAGUGGAAUGGAUAACUUAUUUUUAUAGCA